GUUUCCGCUGCAUGCCAGCUUCACUGUGGCGAUUUGUGAGGACCUCUGUUGAUCCGAAUUCAAAACACAAAACCUCUGGGUACUGAGUGGUUGGCCAUGGCGUCUGACUCCCCGCGCAGACCGAGCCGCUGUGCUGGUGGGGUUGUGGUUCGAGCACAGGCUGCAACAGAGCAGUCAUACAUGGAGAGUGUAGUUACGUUCUUGCAGGAUGUAGUCCCUCAGGCAUAUACUGGGACACCUCCAAAUGAUGAAAAAGAGAAGAUAGUUUGGGUCCGUUUUGAAAAAACAGACAUCAAUGAUGUGGCCCGCUUACCAGAGUUCCAAGAGAUGCAUGGCAGCGGCACUGACCCACCUCUCUGCUUGAUGAUUGGCUACACGGAUGGAAUGCAGAUUUGGAGUAUAUCACUGAAUGGGGAGGCACAGGAGCUGUUCUCUGUGCGGCACGGACCUGUGCGAACUGCUAGGAUCCUGCCUGCUCCUCAUAUCAGUUCCCUCAACACUGACAGCUUCGCUGAGAAACGGCCCCUCCUCGGCGUGUGCAAGAGCACGGGCUCUUUGGGGUGA